CGAGUGGUAACAACAAUCCCGUUGCCGGAGGACGAGCCCGGCGGCCGGCGAGUCACUUUCAUUCGUUGUGAACAAUGGCACUAAGGCAAAUUGAAGAAGGGAACCCAGGUGAAGAAGCGCUUGGCUCUUGGUAAAGCUUCGUCUUUUCCGAUCGGCACUUACCUAAUGUGCUAGUUAAUUCGGUUCUUCCUUCCUGGAUACAUAUAUUCCGUUUGGGGUAGACUCCCGAUCACUUCGUCUGGUGGGGUUUCUUGAGAUACUGUUUUGAAGGCUGAGAUGAGCUUUUCGACAGUGAGUAAUUUGGGUUCUCGCGUUGAUGUGACGAGAUUCCGUGGGAAAAGUGCUGCGGAGGUUGUUCAGUCUUCGAGUGGGAAAUGGAGGUUUGGUGUCAAUCUUAAUUGUCGGGAGUCGCUGCCUUGCCGCCGGAGGAAAAACUUGAUGUGCCAGAGUGAACUUGUUGAUUUCGAGGAGAGGACGAGUCCGCAUGAGAUCAGAAAAGAGGUAGAGCGAUGUUACGAUCUAAUAAAUCGACUCGGAAGAGGAACUGUUUAUCUGGGUUCUUCACGAAUGGGACCGGAUCAUCCACAUUACUCGAAAGCAUUUGAGCUUGGGAGAGAGGCAAGUCGGUCCGUAUUGCCUAUAGUUUCUAUAUUUAAUAUUGCUAAGCUUUUGGACUGCACAUCAUGGACAGGGGCUGGUCCAGGUCUAAUGGAUGCUGCUACUAAGGGCGCAUUGCAAGCAGGAAAGCCUGUUGGUGGAUUCAAGAUAGGUAAAGAAGCUGGGGAAUGGACAGCCUCAAACUUUCAUUCUUACCUUCCCACAGAAACCUAUCUUACAUGCAGGUUCUUCUCAGCCAGGAAACACGGGCUAGUAGAUGCUGCAGUGAGGAACGAAGCUACUGAUCGGACUGCGGUGGUUGCUCUCCCAGGUGGGAUUGGUACUCUUGACGAGAUGUUUGAGAUAUUAGCAUUGAUUCAGCUGCAAAGGAUUGGAUCGGAGCUUCCAGUACCCUUCAUCGUGAUGAACUAUGACUCGUUCUACAAAAACCUGUUGGAGUUUCUAGACGAUUGCGAGUACUGGGGCACUGUUUCGAGAGGCGAGGUUGCAUCGUUGUGGAAGGUAUGCGAGAACAACUCGGAAGCUCUUGCUUACUUGGCUGGUUUCUACCAUCUAUCUCCCUUGGACUAAUAGUGAAAGGGCAUGAACCGUGAGCUCAGAAGUGCCACCUGACUUUUGAGUCAUCUUUGGCUAGUCUCAGGAAGCAUCUAUUCUUUUUUUUUCUUUUCUGUUGUUCUUUUUUGAACUGAAGGAAAUACCUAUUCUGAUUUGGAAUUGUGAAGAGCAAACAGAUGAGUGACCAAUUUCCAACCAGGAUUAUUAAAUAGUAACCAAUUUAUGCGGUUGGAGAUAGCUCCUACCACCUCGAC